AUGGUAGUUCCUAAUAGGCUAUCAUGGGCUAUGAAGAAGAUUCUGGAGAGUAGAGAGAUUUUUCAAGAUCUGCAAAUCACACAUAUGCUGCAGAAUCAGGAAUUUUCAAUUAAGAACUUGUAUAAACUCAUGCAGGGAGAACAUGAUCAUGUUCAUUGGAAGCGGAUAAUCUGUAACAAUAAAGCAAGUCCUAAAUCUUUAUUUGUUACUUGGCUUAUACUUCAUGGUAGAUUGGCUACCAAAGAUAGACUGUGUUCAUGGGGUAUUAUAAAUGAUGAUAUAUUCCCCCUGUGUAAUGAAGCCAGUGAAAGUAUUUCCCAUCUUUUCUUUGCUUGUCCGUUCUCUAGAGAAAUAUGGAAAACCUGCCAGCAGCAAUUAAAAGAGGUGGUGAAUUUAAGGAGCUUGUCUGAUGAAGUCAAUAUUGUUGCAUUGAAGAGCAAAACAAAUGGUUCUAAAGCACGAUUAUACUGCAUGAUGUUUGUGGAGGCCAUGUAUCAGAUAUGGUUGCAAAGAAAUGCAAAGGUGUAUGGGGGCCUUAUAUUAGAUACACUUUCUAAUUUUAGGCAAAUUUGUUUUAGAGUUGCUAGUAGAUGUAGUGAAUGUAAUAGGCAGCUUCUGCUUUGUUAA